AUGUCAACUGUAAAUAAAUCAAUCGAUCUUCCACCAACUAAAGAAUGUAUAAAUCGACUUCGAAAAGAGUUUCUUGAGAUUAACAAGCAUCCUGUAGAGAAUAUAGUGGUGUGUCCACAUCCAGAGAACAUAUUAGAGUGGCAUUAUGUAAUAUUGGGACCUGAGAACACAGUUUAUGAGAGCGGUCUUUAUUAUGGCAAGCUCGUAUUCAAAUACAACUAUCCUCUGUCACCGCCCUCGAUCUAUAUGACUACGCCAUCAGGCCGAUUCCAAACCGAUACUCGUUUAUGUCUAUCAAUUAGUGAUUAUCACCCUGAAACAUGGUCACCUUCAUGGUCAGUCUCAAGUAUUUUGAUUGGACUGCUAUCAUUCAUGGUGGACAACGACUCGACACUGGGCAGUAUAAUCACAACGAACGAUGAGAAGAGAAUUCUUGCCUCCAAGUCUGCAGAGUACAACAAGAAGAUCACCACUUUCUGUCAGUUGUUCCCAUACCUUGUCGAGGAC